AAAGAGCGAGAAGGUUGUGCGUGCUGUACUGCUGCAUUCGUCCUUGUAGUGGGAGGAAUUCAUUCGGCUUUCGUCUUCAGGAAAUCAAGGUGCAAGAGGGAAGAGCAGAACUAAAUCAACAUAGAAAGCAAACUCUUUUUGUUCAAGCAAAGAUGAGCGCCUCCAAAGCUAAAAGCCUUACCACUCUGGGCGCUCUCAUGCGUUCAGCCGGAAACACUAGCAUAUUCAAAUAUUGUUUUAUAAGCAAACCCUUUCCUGGAAACUACCAUUCUAGACUCUACAGUGAUUAUGCGCUCUCAGGCCUCAAGUUUAAGCAAGCCUCUGACUCGGAGGAUCUGGCCAGUAUGGUGUCUAAGCGAAUCCGUUCAAUAUUGGACUCCGAACAAUUGGACAAUAGACCUGAACCCAGGGAUGUUGACAAUGCAAGAGAUUUGGAAAAAAUAUCAGAUAUAUCACGCUUGAUGAUGAACAUGUCUCAUAACACAGUAUCUUUGAAACGGAAAGAGUUUUCUCGUGAAAAGAAACGAAAUUGCAUGUUUGAAUCCAGGCAAUCAGACCGUUUUGGCAAGUUACUUGUAUCUUGUGCUGAUAAACUAGGAGCAGAGGCUGUGGUUAAAUUGUUCUGUGAGUUGGGACGAGAACUAGGAGUGAAAGAUUACAAUGUACUGAUGAAAAUAUGCAUAGAUAAGGCUAGAGAAACUGAAGAUGAAGAAAUUGCGAUAGAAGAGGUGGCCAAGGUGUUUCACAUCUUAAAGUCAAUGAGGGAACAAGGUUUUCAGCUUGAAGAGAAAACUUAUCGUCCACUUCUUUUGCAUGUAACAGAGAAGGGGAUGGUAGAAGAGUUUCAGUUUUUUAUUGACGUUAUCAAAGACAACAAUCCCAGCUCAAUUUCAAGACUGGGUUACUAUGAAAUGAUGCUCUGGUUAAGAGUUAACAAUGAAGAAAAAAUUCGAGAUGUUUGUGCCUAUAUUGCAAACAAUGAUGGUCCAGACACUUCAGAAUUACGAGAAAAUUAUUUAUUGGCUCUCUGUGAGGGUGAUCGGAAGAAAGAUAUUUUGCAGGUGUUGGAAAUUGUAGACAUGAAAAAGCUUUUGUCUACAGAAUCUAAGGCAAAGAUAUUUCAGUCCUUAGGAAGGCUACUAUUGGAACCUACUGCAGAGAAGUUCCUUUUGGAUUUCAAACUAUGUGAUCACGAAGCAGAUAAUAUCACGAACUUCAUAGCUAGCUAUGCUGUUAGCAUGCCAAAUUUAGCGAUGGAGGAUGUCGUGUCAAAAUUCAAGGAAUUGCACCAGACACUGAAAGUUCCACCUUCAUCCUCAUCAUAUGAGAAGCUCAUUUUGCACAGCUGCGACUCAUUGAAGGCGCCUAUAGCUCUUGAUACUGUUGAUGAAAUGUGUGAAGGAGGCUUUAACUUAUCCACUGAGGUGUUGCACUCCAUAUUACAAACUUGUGUGGAAACCCAUGAAUAUGUUUUGGCCCAUCGGAUCUACUCCACCAUCCAUCGUUACAAUUUAAAGUUAAAUGACGAAAUUAUCAGGUGUCUAAUAGUUUUGUUCACGAAGCUGAAAGAUUUUGAAAGCGCAUAUAAGCUGCUUGACGAGUUGGAUGAAAGGGGUCUGAAGCCUACUACGGGCAUGUAUAAUGCUAUAAUGGGAGAACAUUUUCGAGAGAAAAACAUUCGUGACGGGCUGAGAUCCCUUGAGCACAUGCAGCGCGCCAACGUAAGACCUGAUUUACUGACUUUGAGCUAUCUGAUUAGCAACUCUGAAACUACAGAGGAUAUAAACAAGUAUUAUGCAGAACUGAAGCGGUCUGGACUCCAACCCACAAAGCAAAUUUUCACCACCCUUAUAAGAGCAUAUGCAGCAUGUGGAGAGUUAGAGAAGGCAAAACAGGUGAUCUUAGAUCCAUUCGUACCAGUGAAUAUCUUGAACGAAAUCAAGGGUGUGCUUGUGUCCACCCUUGCAUCCCAUGGGCAAUUGUCUGAGGCUCUUCUUAUUUAUGAGGAAAUAAGGCAAGCUGGAAAGAGUCUGGAGCCAAAAACUAUUAUCAAUCUCAUUGAGUGCACCCGAUCAGAUGGGGAGUUAGAUAGGUUACUUCGGCUACUUGAGGAAUUGCAUGAUCAAGACUACUGGAUUGAUGGUUGCUGUAGAAUUGUCUUGUACUGUAUUCGGAACAACCAUACAAGUUCUGCUGUUGACUUGUGUAAGCAGCUCAAGGAUAAAUUCCCCCGUGACGCAGUUAUGGAAGUUCUCUUCGAGAAGGUAUUUGCUUUUAUCGAACAGACAGGGUCAACUCAUUUGCAGAGUGGCGUGCAGUUCCUUUGGGAAUUGAAGGAUAAGCUUGGCCUUUUUCCUCCAAAAGUGUCAUGAUCGUCUGCUAAGUGCUACUGCCAACGCCUAACGCCACAAAUUUGCAUGAUAUUGAAUGAGGCUUCUGAAAUUCCUUAAAGACGAAGGUAAUCGAAGAGUUCUUCACCAACUUAGCUUACUGGUUAACUUGUGUAUUCGACCCGGUCAAUCUAUGGCUACAAUGCUACAUUUCUGCGAGAAUGGAAGGUCGUGUUCGUGCAAAGCUCCUCACGGCUAUCUGAACACCAAUACAUGCUAAUUGUUUUAGCUGUUAAACAAGGGAUGAGUUAUCCUUAUGUACAUAUUAAAAAAAAAAAAAAAAUCUCUAUUUAUGGUGCUGGGUAUUGAAUGCAUCAACUUGAAAUCAUUCCUAAAUUUCUUAAGAUGCUUAUUUCAUUUGAUUAGUGGCCUAUCACGGCCGAUAACAUUUUCAUCCUUCCUUAAGGAGGCAGACUAAGAAUUAAAGCAAAGCAAACGUUGGCCUUUAUGAACAUGCUACGUUUUUCUCCUCCAAUAUUAUUAAUCCUUUUUU